CCAACGCAUCCGCACUCUCCCUUUCACGGCCACGGUCAUCGCACGGGCCUCGACGCGGCUCCUCGUUCGUUCGGGAGGGAGUAUAUGUAGAGAGAUCUUCUUUAUCUUACGGUCGCUCUUUUAGGUCUUCUUUGGCGUCUAUUGUAGUCCGCGAGGAGGAUCUUAUACGUUUUUGUUUAUGAGGACGGUUUACAUCAAGCUUGUUCAGUGUGUUUGUUUUCUGGGGUCGUUUAAGGAGCGUUGAAAUCACCGAAGUUCUCCUGAAGUCUGUGAUCGGCAAUAGAAACAACGACACCUUCUGACACUGAAGUUUCAGAAUCUUCGACGUCAACUACGGCCAGAAUCGUCGUAGUUCUGAACCCAGAAUCCUGCAGGAACUAAGAGGGACGUCGAUGACCUGACCGACGCGUUGUCAGGAUGGUCGGGGUGAAGGUGGUCCUCCUGGCGCUGGUCGUCGGUACUGUGACAGGUGUUUCGUUGAAGUGCGGAGAGGACAUCAUAGUCAGCCGCGGCCAAAAGAAGGUCUUGAAGUUCUGGAGUUCCGAAGAUGAAUUCCUCAACGUGGACAUCAUCCCUAAGAGAGGAGAAGUGAAAGUAGGGGGAAAGGGAGAUGGAGAAGCAAGAGUAAAGGUGAAAGGAAGAGGCACGACGACAACAGUAAAACCAUCCCCCAGUACCACCAGCCGGUCAAGUAGCAACACUUUGAAGACCGGAGGACAAAGGAAGGAACCGGCGCCUGUUAAGCAGAGUCAGGGUGACUUGUAUUACUCAGUGGGCGCUCGACUGACCUCCCAGCCUCCCACGACGACCCAGUCUUCGCAAACAGAAGUAGAUGCCGCGAACCACACUCACCCGAACCGAAGCAGCGAAGGCUCUCACAAGCAGCGGCCGGGCGAAGGCCUCGGUGUCAACACGGUGUUUUUAGAAGAUUCGAUUGUCUACGAUUAUAAGACAGAGGAUGACUAUGUUGACGAUGGUGAUGAUGCUGACAACACGCUGUCUCUUCAACAAGGAACCCUGACUAAUGAUGCCAAUGCUACUGAGAUACACCAUGAGCAAGAAGGUGACCUGGACGAGCACCAAUCUCCUGUUAAUCAGGAAGGGGACACAACACACCACCUGGAUAAGGUGGGUCAUCGGGACCAACAGAUAAUAUCAACGCAAGUACUGCCUCCAUUGACAGCUUCAGAUAAGUUUUCUGCCAUUCGAAACAGCGAAACACAAACAGAACGCGUUGGUGAAGUAGACGGCAUUACAACGGAAAGUCAAGAGAACCAAGAUCAAGAAACGACCGUUAAUCCACCAACAGAGACAGAAGUUCCUGGGUCACUUAAGGACGCACACUUUGAAGACAUAAAUAACACCACAGAUCGCGAAUUCCUCGAAGCUACUACUCACGUCCCUGAGCUCCUCCGUUCAGAGGAAAUAACCACCACUAUCCCAGAAGCUGCUGAAUCCAACACAGACACUGCUACUGACAAGAACGCCCCAAUUUUACCCUUAAGUGACGAAGACUUGGUGACAGACGAACUAAAUAUUUUUGUACCUACGGAAGUUAUCGAUCCAUCUACUGAGAGGAUUUAUGGAGACGCUAUAGACUUUUCUCUCAAGGAUGACGGUGAAGGAGGACAGACGGAAUCAGAGGCCUCAACAAAGAAACCCAGCGAGACUGGAACUAUUUCGGGAGACAGAGAACAGACCACAGGCGACGGGGUGACUGAAUGGACCUCUUCAGGGAGCAGGCAGCCAACCAUCACCCCAAGAACACCAGGGGAGGAAGGAAUGAAUCUCCAGGUGGACUCUAUGGAAUCCUCUACAGACGGACCAAUACGGGAUCAGGGAGAAAGAACGGAGUCGCCCUUCACAAGCCAAGAUCGUCUAAAGCAACCGCCAACAGUUCAUGGUGAUAUGAAGCACACAGGAACCACAGAGGCAGACCAAGAACACCUUCUAGGAGUUCUUAUCGAUGGCGCACCGACGAUAGUCGGGGAAGGAACGAAAAAGGAACAUUGGAAACAGGAAUUGCUGCACAAAACGCCACCAGAUGUUACCACCGAGUUUCUCAAUGAACUUGCAGUUGCAGGAUUCUUACAGGAGGAUGUGACUAGUGAGGAGGACUUUAGGACAACCACCAUGAUCCCAACAACGGAGGAAAUUUCUUCAUCAGAAGAAGUAGAAUCAAAAGUAAAGGUUUCUAAAAUAGAGGAGAGUGAUGCCAGCAUGUCUGAGGCAACAACUCUGAAAUAUCAAACAGAUUUACAAAGCAUCAACGAAAUCGUUCCUGAAAGUGGCGAUGAUGCCGAAAAUGCUCUAGAAAGAUCAGAUAUUAUUCAUGGUUCAGAAGAAAAGUCUGGAACAUCUGAUUCCAAAGAAAGUUCUGAAGAAAACAUUUCUAAAACCAAUGCAAGUGUGUCUGAAACAUCUAACAAUACUGAAAGAUCAGAACUGCUAGCAACUACAGAACCUUCAAACCAUUUUAACAGCAUAGAGAAAUCUGAAAUGCAUGAUAACACAGAGAGCCCUGAAACACCUGACAUCACUGAAAGGUCAGACGUAUUAGAUACUACAGAACAGUCUAUUAGAAUUGAAGCUACUGAAAAUUCUGAAGUGUAUGAUACCACAGAUAUAUCGGAAUUGGUUGAAGUCACAGAGAAGUCGGAAAACUUCAAUGUCACAGAAAGAUCUGAUGUGCUUCAAUCCACCGAAAGAUCUGCAGCGGCUGACACCACAGAGAGUUCAGAAGUGCCUAAAACGUCAGAAAGUUCUGAAACACUUCUUGGCAUCACUGAAGCCUCAGAAGUUCUUGAUGUUACAAUAAGAUCUGAUAUCCUUAAUGCAACAGAAAGAUCUGAAACAUCUGACAUAACGGAAACACCUGAAAUUUUCGAUGCUACAGAAAAGAUGGAUGUGCUUGAUGCUACAUCUGAAACAUCAGGUAACACUGAAAGAUUUGAGAUACCUGAUAUCUCCUAUACAACAGAAGGAAAGGAGACUUUUGAUACAAAGGAACGGUCGGAUCUGUCUGACACAUCAGAACGAACUGAUUUCCUUGACGAAGAAUUGACAACAGAAUAUUCUGUGAGUGCGGACCAGGAGAAUGUUACUGAAGUAAGUAGUGCAGAGAUAGUUGACUAUCAUAAUCGUAUUACAGAAGAAGUUGAAGAAACAACAGAGAGGUAUAUCCCCAACGAUCUCAUAUCGGGAGCUAAUUUGGAAAUGAGUGCGGGGGAUAUAACUACUGUAAGUGAAGGAUUAAUUGCACAUGAGAAUGACGAGGUUCAUCAGCAGAAUGGAUUCUCAGCUGAUGGUGCUUACGAUUACUACUAUGGUGACUAUAUUUACCGUCCUGGUGACGAGGCUGAGGGGGAGACCAACCCUUAUCUCAGUAGUUUUGAUUAUGACGACACCGUUGAAGACGAUACCACCACACAGGCUCCAAUAGGAAGUGUAAAAGAGGAUGACAGACCUACUCAAAGCACACUGUCCCCCAUGGUUCUUCCGGCUGAUGUGGUGAAUGAAGAAGGCGAAAGAAUUAUAGCUGUAGCACACAUAGAUACUGUGUCAACUGAAAGCCCUUACAAUGACGACAUGACAAUUACUACACAGCAAACGACAAUGGCUGGAGGAUUCAAAAUUAAUGAGUUAGAGGAGGCAGAUAUAGCUAUGAUGUCUGCAACUGAUGACUUCAAAGACAUGACAACUGUAAGUACCACAGAGUUGGUUAAUGAGAAUGACGCUCUUGUCAAUGGCUCAGUCUCUCUCAAGGAUACAGAUAAUGAGGAGGACGUAGUAAGGAAUACUACAACACUAGAGACAAGUGGUGGCAAUGAUGGGUCUCUGACAGAUAGUAUAUUUAACGAGAUAAUUGAUAGUCUAACCAACGCCCUAGAGAAUGCACCUGAGGAAAUACAUGUCCCUGUAGGUGAUUUCACUAUCAGCAUACAAGACCUUUUCGACAUUGCAAACAACAGGAGCAGCAGUGAGGAGACAAAUGCUAACUUGACUUCGGAAGAGCUUCCUGUCGAACACCGAGAUAAAAUAACGCUAAUAAGGAGUGACAGUGUGGAGGAUGAAGCUCAGGCAGAAGUUACGACUGAGGCUGAAUCACCCUUUGGCCUGGAAGAUGAGGAACCACAGACAACAAUCAGAACGGAUUCCUUAAGUAUGGCAGGCUUUAUGGACCAUAGUAUAUUGGAGAUGACAACCAUAGAGGCCCCGCUAGAAGAAACGACACAGGAAGUAAUAUAUGACUACCCAGAUGUUGCUGAUGAAGAUGGCUUCAAGGGUUAUGAUUACUAUGAAAGUCUUGUGGACUCUCUAUUGGCUCAGGACAGGCCAUACAGUCAGAACAAGAGCGAGCAAGCAGUCUCACCAACGACUGAUAAUGCAGAUGAUGUAGCAGUGAAUUCUGUUACAAGUUCUGGGCAAAAAUAUGUCUAUCCAACUCUUGAAUUCUCAAUGGAUGAUGUCAAAUUAACAGCUGAACCACAUACUACAGUGUCAGUGAGCAGUAUGGAGGUAACAUCAUUACAAACCAGAAGUUCAGAAGGUGAUGGCUUGGAAGUAACAACCAUUCCCUAUGACGUAGCUGAUACCUCAUUCGAUGACGGCUCUGAAAACAGUAGUUCAGAAAGUACAGAAACAACGACAGUGUUUUCUAUCCCAUAUCUUAUCUUGCAAAACCAGGCUAUGCUGGACGAAAUUCUGACCAAUCAAAAAUUGGGUGGAGGUAGCUCUGUCAUAAUCAAGGAACAGGGAAGCAAGGUAGCAGUUAGCUCCCCUGCUCAUGAUGAAACUUCCAGAGAACAAGGAGUUACUGAUGAUAGCAGAGAUGAUACAUUUACUACAACACAGUCUUCCUCUGAUAAUGACAUAUCAAGGAUAUCGAUUGAGAAUGUUACCAACUCCUCUUAUGAAGUUGUGACAAAUGAGACACAAACAACAAAUGAGCCAGAUGCGGUAACGAGAGGACCAGACACUGUAACUGACAAACCAGACGUUCAGGUUAAGAAACCGGGCUCUUUAACCGACAAUUUAGACGUGCUUAUUGACAAACUAGAAGAAUUAGCUAGCCAGGUAUCCAAUAAUCAAACUAGCAAACCAGAAACUACAACGAAAACACAAGAAAGAGACAAUAACAUCAUCAGUCUGGAUAUGAAGGGUGAAAGCACUGAUUCUCUGCCCCAUGAUGAUAAAACUAUGACAGACAAACCAGACGAGCUGUCCGAGAAAUCAGAUGUCACAAAUGAACCUAAAACAACCACUGACCAACAGGAGAUUACAACUGCCAAACCUGAUGCCACUGCAACCACAGCUAGCACCUUGAAGGUUUCUGCAAGCAAAGGAACAGAGCUCCCUAGCCCAGUAUCUGCUGAACCUGCCGUGCGUGAAGAACCUACAGAGUAUUUCUGGAAUUAUGCGAGCCAAAAGACCAAGCCGAGUGGCCAUCAAGAAGAUCGCGGAUCGGCAGGUGUUGGUGGCUCUGAAGACGUGAAGUCAGUUUCCUCAUCUACGGAAAGUAGUAAUGACUCUGAGACUUUAAGAGAAGGUGAGACGAGUGAAGUUAUAAAGAAUGAUGAUGAAGCAACAUUAAAGACUACUGAGCAGAGCUUGUCAUCAACAACAAGUGAGCCAGAACUUGCAACAAUCCUUCUUCCAUCAUCCUUUAUUGAUAGAUUAGGCGAGGUUUCAAAAGAUAAAGUUAGGGAGGAAGAAGGCUCAACUGCUGAAGCAAGACCUCCAAAUCAUUUUGAUAUUCCUGGAAUUUUCAGCCGUAAGGAUGACGAAGGUUUUACAGAAUAUGGGGGAGACUCACCUUUCUUUAUCAAGCUUCCUGGAAGUCCAAAUGCUGUGCCAGUAUAUAUCCAGUACGAGCCUGUGGAGGUGAAAUAUGUUCCCUUAAAGCAUGAAAAUGAGGCCGACGAUGAUAACAUAAACUACAGAGAUCCUGUAACGUAUGAGAAUGAUGGAUCUGUGUAUGAAUACCGUGAAAAUCCUGAAAAUCCUGAAGUUACAGACCAUGAGAGCCAAGUUUCAAAAGAAGAGAACAAACCCGCUGAAACUUAUGAGAUCUCAUCGAACUUUGAUGCAACGAUGGCAGAAAGCAGUUCUAGUGACUCUCUAGGAGGCAGUGAACAAAAUGAAGCCCAGCAGACACAAGAAAAUUCCCUCUUGAAUGGGAUCUAUCGUAUUCUAGACAACGUGGCUGGAUCUGUUGGCAACCAGUAUCCUCAGAACGCAGAAAAUAAGCAAGAAGGACCAAAUUUCAAGCCCAACCGACCAGUUGUUAAGACUCCCGACCCAUUCUUCCUCAUGGAAGCUCCACAACUUGGAGGCUCAUCAGAUGGCUCCUCGUCCCAUGCCUCUCAUGAUACUACCCAUCAAACUCAUGGCGUUCAAGGACACAACACCGGGUUUUCUGUUGAUGUGUCGAGUCAAUUUGGUUUUGAGAGCUCGAAGCCAGAAACACAUGGUGUAAGAACAGGUACCGUGGAGGAUGUACCUAUAGGCACUAAACAAGAUGUACUCUAUCCUGGGGACUAUUACAAGCAUGAUGCAUACACUGGAGUCAACCUUUCUGAUUUAACGAACCCUGUAUUUAAUCUGAGAACCAAAGCAACUACGCCUUCUGCAGAGGACCUUAUGACUCCUCAAUACACACCCUUCCCAAUCACGACUAAUCCACCCCGGACUACUACGACCUUCGCACCCCUAUCUGCCCUGCCUCUCUCUACCUCAUUCCAUGCUCGCCAGGAGGACAAGCGCCUUGGCAACGCACCAGACUAUGCUGUAGACACUGUUAACACAACUACAGAAAGGACCAUGUCGGAGAAGCCACUCCCAAGUGUAGAAUUUUCACCAAUUCCGUCCAUCGACUUUGCAGACUCUUAUGAUUCUCCUUUCCUGCCAGAAACCCUCUACGACAGCGACAGACCUUUCCCUAUUCCUAUAGAGGAAUAUACACGUGAUCAGACAUACAAUGCCGAUCCCGAACCUUACAACAAUGGCUUCUCUGCAGCUCCUUUCAAAACCUCAGAUGCCCAGGGUUCAAGUAUACCUCUGAACAAAACCAUGGGUAGCCUGCAUCGCUGGAGGUCGUAG